GCGUUCGUUAUGAAGUUCUUCUGAUCUCAGGACUGAUCCGUGGUUCCGGCUGCGCUCGCCAUGGCCUCUGAGAACAGGAGGGAGCACGGCGGUGACCUCAGCCUGCAGCCCGGCCACCUGCUGACCGUCUGCAGCCGGACCGGAGCAGCAGGAGCAGCAGGAGCAGCAGGAGCAGCAGGGGGACAGGCAGAGCCCUGUGGUCUGGCUGCAUGGCGUCAAUGACAGGAGCGAGGAGAGGGGAACAUUUCCAGGGAACAUUGUCCAGUAUGUUGGGACCGCGACCGCUUGUCAUCCUGGAGGGAAAUCCUGGCCCCCAGCGGCCCCUCCACCUCCCAGGGACCCCCAGGGCGUCCUGCAGAGGCAGCUUCAGAGAGUGCGACCGUGGAGGAGUGUGGGCAGAGGCUGAAGACCAUCCUAGACCCCCCCCCCCCCCCCCCGAUCAUCUCCUGGUCCACCUCAGCCAAAGGGUCAGCCAGCAAAGCCAGACCAGCCCCCGUCUGCGGUCCAGGCCGUCUUUCAAGCACCACCUGAGUGCUGAUGGGAAUCUGGAGCGUCGCAUCAGGAUCCUGGAAGCUGUCGUUGCAUCAGGAGGUCUGGAGAUGCAGUCUGCAGCAGCUCUUCCUCCCAAGCCGGCCAAGCCCCAGCAGUCGUCCCCAGCCGGAGGCAGCAGCAGCGCCACCGAUGGGCCGGGAGGCUCGCUGCAGGACGCGGAGUGGUACUGGGGCGACAUAUCCAGGGAGGAGGUGAACGAGAAGCUCAGAGACAUGCCGGACGGGACCUUCCUGGUGCGGGACGCCUCCACCAAGACGCAGGGAGACUACACGCUCACCCUCAGGAAGGGAGGCAACAACAAGCUGAUCAGGAUCCACCACAGAGACGGGCGGUACGGCUUCUCUGAGCCGCUGACCUUCAGCUCGGUGGUGGAUCUCAUCAACCAUUACAGACACGACUCUCUGGCUCAGUACAACGCCAAGCUGGACGUCAGGCUGCUCUACCCGCUGUCCCGCCUCCAGCAGGAGCAGCUGGUGAAGGAGGACAACGUUGACGCGGUGGGGAAGAAGCUGCAGGAGUACCACAGCCAGUACCAGGAGAAGAGCCGAGAGUACGACCUGCUGUACGAGGAGUACACCAAGACCUCACAGGAGAUCCAGAUGAAGCGGACGGCCAUCGAGGCCUUCAACGAAACCAUCAAGAUCUUCGAGGAGCAGUGCCGCGCGCAGGAGCGCCACGGCCAGGACUGCGUGGAGCGCGUCCGCCAGCAGGGCGGCGCCCAGGAGACGGAGCGCAUCACGGUGAACUUUGAGAAGCUCAAGUCCCGCCUGGGCGAGAUCCACGACAGCAAGGAGCGUCUGGAGCAGGACCUGAAGAUGCAGGCCGGCGACAACCGCCAGACCGACGAGAAGAUGAACGGCCUGAAGCCCGACCUCAUCCAGCUCCGCAGGAUCCGCGACCAGCACCUGCUGUGGCUCAAUCAGAAAGGAGUCCGGCAGAAACGGAUCAACGACUGGCUGGGCAUCAACGGCGAGAGCGCUGACCAAGGCUACCUGAUGAGCGAGGAGGAGGAGGAGGACCUGCCUCACCACGACCAGAAGAGCUGGUUCGUUGGCGCUCUGAACCGGGCGCAGGCGGAGGAGCUGCUGGUGGGGAAGCCUGACGGAGCGUUCCUGAUCCGGGAGAGCAGCAAGAAGGGCUGCUACGCCUGCUCUGUGGUGGUGGGCGGCCAGGUGAAGCACUGCGUGAUCCUCAGCACGCCGCGCGGUUUAGGCUUCGCUGAGCCCUUUGACCUUUACGGCAGCCUGAAGGAGCUGGUGCUGCACUACCGCCGCGCCUCGCUGGCGCAGCACAACCAGGCGCUGGACGUGCGCCUCGCCCACCCCGUCCACGCCCAGCCGCCCGUCUGCAGGUGAGCCCGGCGCCGCAGGGGGCGGAGCCAGCACGCCGGACCGGGAGCUACAGAACUAUUUCUACUAGAACUGUUCUUCACAGACUGCUGGAUUUGCACAAAGAAGUUUUUAGAUGUUUGUGAAUGUGAAGCUUCACUGAAGGAAGGAGGCGGCGCCCUCAGGUCCAAACCGCCCCAGGCCCGCUCCAGGCCCGCCUCAGGCCCGCUUCAGGCCCGCCUCCUCCGCCGUCUGCAGGAGAAGAACGUAGCAAAGCCUGGCGCCGCCGCUGCUGGGGGGGGGGUUCUGUACGUUGGUGAGCAGAACCACAGCUGGGUUCUGACUCCUUUAUAGAACAGAAAAGGUUCUCCAGUUUGCUCUCCUUCCUUCAGACCGGUUCUGGUUCUGGUUCACGUCGAUUCAGGCAGAACUCCAGCAGCUCAGAGCCGCCUCGGUUCUGGUCCGGUCCGGCUCACUAGGAACAAUCGGCUUUUCUAGCAUCAGACGCUGUCGGCGCCGCAGAGGUCCGACUUCUCAGAACUCUGCUGACACCUGGUGGUCCAGUUGGAACCUGCAGCCAACAGCUGUUGGUUCUGACCGCAGCGUCUAUUUCUAUAAAUGUGGGUUCUGGACCGGCCCGGUUCCACAGAGCCGUUAGAGGUUCUGGUAGGUUACGGCCCAGAUGAGUCCUUCCACCUUUGGGCCGGCUGCUUCGGUUCUGAAGGUCCGGCGGGUCGCAGGCAGAACCUCAGCAGGUUCCCUGAACCUUCGUCUGAACCUGGAGAGCAAACGCGGCGGCCGGUUCUGCCUCUUUGGGUUUUAGUUGGGUUCUGGUCAGACGGAGCCUCUCCUCCCAUCGGUACCGGUUCUGAUGGGUCAGCUGUCUGUGGAGCUGAAAGCCAUCCGCGGUGGGUUCCCCGUCCCGUUUGGACCCGGUUCUGCUGCUGAGCGUCUCCGGUACCCACCGGGUCAGGUCCUCGCUGUGGUCCUGCAGAACCAGAGCCGUUUACAUGCCUGGAAUAGCCCACACCGUCAGCAGCGGACCUGGAGACGGGCCUCCAGCGCCGCGGACUGGACCCGGCAGAACUCCAGCAGAACUCCAGCAGAACUCCAGCAGAACUCCAGGCCCGUUCCACUUUCUCUCCUGCGUUUCAGCACAAAGUACCGGAGCGGUUCUGGUCCGUAGCUCCUGGACGGUCGGCCCAUCCCGUCUUCAAAUGGAGGACGGUGGCAGAACCAGAACACGUUGCUGAACGUGGGUGGUUCUGAUCCGUUUGGGUCGGGCCGACCGGACCGGGAGCGUUUCCGUUUUUCCCCCUCAGGUGUUUUCAGGUUUACCACAACAAGCCAGCAAAUCAGGGUUUUUCUGCUUCUGGGACCCGGUUCUCCCCGCCGGGCCGACUGGGUUCUGGUUCUGGUUCUGUUGGACCCUCCUUCCUGUCUGCAUGGGGAACUCGUUCUACUUGAAGUGUGGCAUCGGCCGCCGUUGAAUGUCUUUCUAUGAGAAUUUAUUAAAGUUUUAACCAAGAAGAGUCGCUUUGUGUUUAUGCUGAGCAGAGUUUUAUCCAGAGGACGUACGGUUCUGGUUCUGGUUCUGGUUCUGGUUCUGGUUCUGGUUCCGGGCAGGAGAAGCUCUCCUCCCUUCAUGCAGGGCUUGUAUUGCACACAUUUAGCUGUGAUGUCUCACCACUCAGAUAUAAAUCUAUAUUUACAGUUUAUAUGAAGCUCAGAGGAGGAAGCGCCGGUUUUUGUCCCUGAAACAUUCAAACCAAAGAUUUUAGUUUUUUAUCGUUUUCUUAGAUUUUUAUUUGUUUUCACGGAGGACGGCUCCGCGUGUCAAAUCCUGGUUCAGAGACAUUCCAGAGGUUAAAACCUGAAACGACCAAAAGUGGCAGCUUCCUGCGGUUCUGUUCGCUCAGCAGAACCAGGGCAGGAGUUCUGAGCGGCCCGGCUCUGGGUCCGUGUUCCCCAUCAUGAAUAAUUCUAAUUAUCAUGAAAGGUUUCUAUGAGCCGUUUCUGUCCGUCCCAGAUUGGUCUGUUAAACGCCGUUUAUGCAAUUCCUUUUAUUCUUUUUCCUUUUUCUGAUUAACGAUCAGCUGCAGCCGCUGGUCCAUUAGAAUCGACUUUUAUCAGGAAGAAAGGAGCUGAAAAUCUGACCAACAUAUCCACUAAAAGCAGAAUUCAGUCUGACGGGGCUGGGCCGCACAGACCAACACUGACCUCCAUGUUUUCAGGCUGAACGCCGAUUUAAUGAGAUAAUUAUGAUUCUUUCUUUUCAUAAAGUAAUCAGAAAAGACGUCUGGGUGUCAAAGCGUUGUCCCAAAUGUCAGAGGCACGUUUUUAACAAACAGCUGCAGAUAAAUAUGAGAAACAGCUGAAAAAUAAGCGACUGGAAGGCGUAACGAUUAGAAAUAAAAACGUUCUAGUUUAAUAAAUCUCUUUUUAACGGCCCAGCCCUGACGUCCAAUCAGGAAAAGCUACAGAUUAAUCUUAACCGAGCCUUCGUUGUUUGUCCAGAACUUUUCUGCAAUUAAUAAAACUGCUGGAAAUACGGCAGCCUGGAAGGGAGAAAGUGAUUCUAACCAGCUGAGGUUUCCGUUGGAUGAUUUCCUGAGACUCCUCCUUCCUGUCGGCUGAAGCCACGGUCAGCGGGUCAAACCAAAACCUUCUGCGUGUUUACGUUCUCCGACUGUUGGGUCGAGGUUCCCUGCUCAGGAGAACCCGACUCCUUCCUCUGGGAAACGGCGGGCCCGGUUCUCCGGGCGUCUCCGCUCGGCGCCGGCCAGGACUGUUAGCCGCCGGCCGCCCGGCGCUUUUCCUCUGCAAAGUUUUAUUUGCAGCGACGGUUUGAAAAAGGUGUGAAUGUGGCGGAGGAGUCAGCUUCUGCCCAGCACAGCUUCUGAUACACAAAUACGUCAUUUUAAGAAAAAAAGACAGAAGGUGAUUUUUAGAAAGUGUAUAUGCCACCCGUCCUGUUCUCCUCCCCUUUUACAGAUCAGCAUGCAUAUUUGGUACUUGACUGUUGUUUUUUUGUGUAAAAAAAUAAAUAAAAAUGGAAAUUGUUAAAAAGAUGUCUUUGGAAAACAACUGUUGUCUGUUUUUGAUGUUUUCUGAUCUGAAUCAUGAGCAAAUUUAACCUCCAACAGCCUCUCGUCCUUUUCUGUCCGUUGUUUGAUGCUAAAGCGCCGCCAAGCCGAGAAAGACGACCUUUAAAGUCCAAAACUUGAUUUAUCUUCUGUCUCCAUGCGGGGGUGUCCAGACGGGACGGGGCAAAUAUUUAAGUAACAAACACCCACAGGACAAAAAAAUAAGCAAGUUUUACGUUUCAGCUGCUGCAGUUAAACCUGCAACACUUCAGUGAAACAAACGUUCUGUGAGGUUUAAGUUUAAUUAAAAGCUUCUGAGUAAAAGUUACAGCAACCUGGACAAAAAGCCGGUUAUUAAAGAUGAAUCCUUUGUUUCCCGGCCGUGGAGACGUUUUGCCCCAACGUCUCCACGGCCGGGUUGAGCCACAGUCAUGGACCAGUUCUGGCCCCCGGCCCGCGGGUUGGACACCCCCCCCCCCCCGGCUCAGCGAGUCUUUCUCGGCCCGCUGCUGCUCAGCGCCGCACUUUUCUCUCUGGUAUCGGUUGCAGAAGUUUGUUGGUUGUAAACUUUGUAUCGGUGGAGCUCCGCCUCGCUCGUUCUGUUGCAGAAUAAAGAAAAUAUUUUGAUCAAAC